AUGUUGGGGGAAAAGGCAAAAAGUGUCAUACAGUCCAUGCCUUCAUCAAACAACACCGUUUCUCGGCAUAUCAGUGCCAUGGCUGGGGACGUUUUAAAACAGUUACUGCUUCGCAUACAAGCCAGUGAAUUUUAUUCACUACAGCUGGAUGAGUCAACGGACAUGGCCAGCCUGGCACAGCUCCUGGUAUAUGUCCGUUAUAUCCAUGAAGGGUCAGUUAAGGAGGACAUGCUGUUCUGUAAACCACUCGAAACAAGAACAACAGGGGAAGACAUCUUCCGUAUGCUGGAUACCUUUGUGACAUCGAAUGGACUUUUUUGGACUAAAUGUGUGGGCAUCUGCACAGAUGGCACAAGGGCCAUGACAGGGAGGCACAGUGGAGUGGUCACGCAUGUCCAAGCGGUUGCUCCCGACGCCACUUGGGUGCACUGCAGCAUCCACAGAGAGGCUCUGGCUGCCAAGGGCAUGCCUGUAAAUUUGAAGAACGUUUUGGACACAACUGUAAAAAUUGUGAACUUUGUUAAAGCCAGGCCUCUGAACUCUCGCAUAUUUACUGCACUCUGCAAUGAAAUGGGUAGCGACCAUACAUCUCUUCUACUGCACACGGAUGUGCGCUGGUUAUCAAGGGGGAAAGUAUUGACACACAGCUUUGAAUUAAGAGAUGAACUUAAAAUGUUUUUUGUUGAACAGACAUUUCACCUGUCUGGCAAUUUGCAUGAUGGAGAGUUUCUUUCACGACUAGCUUAUCUCGGUGACAUUUUUUCUCGGCUGAAUGAACUUAAUCUUGGAUUACAGGGGCUCUCCGCAACUAUCUUUAAUGUGCGAGAUAAAAUCAAGGCAAUGAUCCAGAAAUUGAAGCUCUGGAUAGACUGCGUAGGCAAAAACAAGACAGAGGCCUUUCCGUUCUUGCAUGAUUUUCUGUGUGAAAAUCACCUCAGUCUGACAGAUGGCAUCAAGCGCGACAUCACAACACAUCUCAGCGAGCUGGCUGCUGAGCUGCGCAGGUACUUCCCUGACAGUGACGAGUCGGACAGUUGGAUUCGACAUCCCUUUUCUACUGUCCCUGCUGCCCUGCCGGUAUCUGAACAAGAGAACCUCAUUGACAUAGCAUCAACAGGAUCCAUGAAAAUUGAUUUCAACCACAAGCCUCUUACAGAUUUCUGGAUAGGAUUGCGCACAGAGUACCCUGAACUGGCAACACACGCUGUCAAAAAACUAAUGCCCUUCGCAACUACGUAUUUAUGUGAGAGGGGGUUCUCAUCUCUGACGAGCCUGAAAACUAAAUACCGGCACAGGCUGUGUGUAGAAGACGAUUUAAGGCUGAAACUUUCUCCAAUUCGACCAGACAUAAGGGGGCUAUAUGCAUCCUCUCAAGCACACCCUUCACAUUAA